AUGGAGAAGCCUCCCUCGAUUGGCGAGGGGCACAACUUGCAGACUUUGCAUGCGGCUGAGCAUCAAUGGGUCGGUUCACAUCAACAACAAUCCGUUUCAACUCCUGUCCAGGUUAGUACGAAGCAUCACGGAUCAAUGAUCACAGAUGAAGUACGUUUUAGUAUCAUCGAUGCAGUUUAUCUGAGGCCAGGGAUUUGGGAUUGUCAAAGGGAGAAGACCGUAGGCCCAUCAAGGAAGGAACUUUUUGUUGAAGUGACCAAUCUUAUCAAUCAACAAAAUCAACUCGAUCCUGAGCUCACACCAGAAGAGGUUGAAAAGCAAUGGAAAAAUCUCAAGGACACCUAUGUAAAAACGAGAAAAAAGCUUUCUUACAACAGCGACAGUAUGCCUGUGACACCAAAAUGGAAGUUCUACAGUUCUUUAAUGUUCCUCGAUGAUCUUUUCAACGUCCACAGGAACAUACAAAAACGAAGGAUCGACGAAGUCUCUGGAUCUUCGCAGACUCUUGUUUCGGGAAAACGCAUUCCUCCUCCACCUGAAGAUCAAGAAGAAGAAGACGAGUAUAUGGCUUUCUGUCGCUCUCUUCUGCAUCCGUUGCGAGAGAUUGCGUACAAGGACCGAAUCCAGUAUCUCAAAGUCCAAAAGGCGAUCCGUGAUCUUCUUCACGAUGCCCAAAUGGAUAUGCUUCUCACUCAUAUGCGAUAG